GCGCGAUAAUGACGAGCAGCAGCCGCAGUCGCAGCAGUUUCAGCAUCCUUUUUACAUCUUCGGUCGUUCCCCUGCACAACAACAACAACAACAACAACAACAACAACAACAACAACAACAACAACAACAACAACAACAACAACAACAACAACAACAACAACAACAACAACAACAACAACAACAACAACAACAACAACAACAACAACAACAACAACAACAGCAAUAUCAGCAACAGCAGCAACAGCAGCAACAACAACAGCAACAACAACAACAACAACAACAACAACAACAACAACAACAACAACAACAACAACAACAACAACAACAACAACAACAACAACAACAACAACAACAACAACAACAACAACAACAACAACAACAACAACAACAACAACAACAACAACAACAACAACAACAACAACAACAACAACAACAACAACAACAACAACAGCAACAGCAACAACAGCAACAGCCAGGCAUUGUUUUUCAGCCUCCAAAUUUACUUAACAAUACUCAGAUCAAGACAACCCAGCCGCAGUCGCAGCAGUUUCAGCAUCCUUUUUACAUCUUCGGUCGUUCCCCUGCUCAACAACAAUAUCAGCAACAGCAGCAACAACAACAGCAACAACAACAACAACAACAACAACAACAACAACAACAACAACAACAACAACAACAACAACAACAACAACAACAACAACAACAACAACAACAACAACAACAACAACAACAACAACAACAACAACAACAACAACAACAACAACAACAACAACAACAACAACAACAACAACAACAGCAACAGCUACAGCAACAACAGCAACAGCCAAGCAUUGUAGUAGACUAAGCAACAGCCAGCAACAUCC